GUAAAUAUUUUAAUUUAUAAAAUUUAUACAUAAAGUUAUAAUAAUGGAAACAAUGAGUUUAAAAGAGAUUCAAAGCAAGUUGUUACUGUGGGAGGCUGCAGACAAUCCUCUAGCGCCCCUCAGUGCCGACCAACGAGAGGCAAUACUGGAUUUGGAGUCGCUUAUAGUUGGCGUAUCCUCAGACCCUGAUGAAGAAAAGACAGGAAAUGUCACUGUGAACACAGAUAACAAUGUUCUGCCUCCGGUGGACAAUACAUAUGAUUUUCUGGAGUGGUAUGAGAGCCUGUGCAGCAAUAACUUGAAGGCAGAUGACACUCCAUAUGAAGCAUACUACAAGCAACUGGAGGACCGGAGGAAUGAAUGUGAUGCAUUGACUGAUAGAAUUGGUGCAACAGUAUCUGAUUUGGAUAAACUAUCAGAACAAUACAACUUUGUGUCAAACAAAACAAACACAUUGCACAUGAUGAGUGAGCAGCUAUUGGCUGAUCAAACUAAACUCAGCAAUAUUGGUGAUGACAUUAAACAGAAGCUACAUUACUUCACACAAGUGGAGCAUUUGUCACAGCGUCUCAAUAGCCCCACCAUGUCUGUGAACAGUGACGCUUUCUUCACAGUUUUGGCUAAAAUUGACGAAUGCCUUGAUUACAUGAAAGCCAAUAGCGGUUACAAAGAAUCCCACACUUACCUAGUGAAGUACAGGCACUUACAAAGCCGCGCCAUCUCUCUGAUACGUUCGUACGUGACGCACGUGUUGAACCACGCCACCGAACAGAUACUGACGUCCAAGGAAGACGAUCCUAACGACCAAGAAUCCAUGGACACCGCGUACGCCGUAUAUUUCGGCAAGUUCCAGGCGGCGGCACCAAAGCUCAGGAAAGUUAUCAGUGAGAUAGAGAACCGAGCUGAGACUAAUGCUGACUAUGAGUCUCUGCUGUCGGACAUCCAGCGCGAGUACGCGUCGCGGCGCGCUCGUGGCGCGAGUGGCGCGAGUGGCGCGAGUGGUGGCGGCGCGUGGCGCGCGAAUGACGCGUGCGGGUGCGUGCGCGGCGUGUGCUCGGUGGUGUCGCACGCGUGUCGCGACGAGCACACGCUCUACCUGCACUUCUUCAGAGAACCAUCACCGGCACUUGAAGAAUACCUUCAAUCUCUAUGCAACAGUUUAUAUGAAACGCUGAGACCUCAAAUAAUACACAUUAACCACUUGGAGACACUCGCUGAGCUGUGCAUCAUAUUACGAGUGGAAGUUAUUGAAGAACAAGUCAACAACGACCCGGAGCGGCUGCGCGCGGUGGGCGCGGCGGCGCGCGCGCUGGCGCAGGACGCGCAGGAGCGCCUCGUGUUCCGCGCGCACCUGCAGCUGCGCGCCGACGUGCUGCGCUACCGACCCGCGCCCGGCGACCUCGCCUACCCGCACAAGCUCACCAUGAUGGAGCAAAUCGCUUUAUCUAUACAAGAAGCCUCUCUGAAGCGCAGCGACUCACGCAACUCUAUGAUAUCAGACAUCUCGGCGACGUCGCAGGAAGUCGCCAACAUCAACGUGGAGGCCCAGCGACGACCACAAGCCUCGCCUGCCGACCUCCAUGGCAUGUGGUACCCGACCGUACGGAGAACUCUCGCAGCCCUUUCGAGACUCUACCGCUGCUUAGAAAAGAGAGUCUUCCAAGGCCUCGCCCAAGAAGCGAUUUCAUUAUGCGUCCAAAGUAUAGACGACGCAGCAAAGCAGAUUUCGGAAAAUACCACCAACAUAGAUGGAGAGCUAUUCCAGAUCAAACAUCUGUUAAUCCUAAGAGAGCAAAUCGCCCCAUUCCAAGUCGAUUUUGUGGUGAAAGAAACCAGUUUGGACUUUAGCAAUAUGAAGAACGCAGCAUACGGCCUGAUACAGAAGCCCCGACAGAUCUUCUCCCUGAACUCUAAUAACGCCUUGCUAGAGUUCCUGUUGGAAGGCACGCCGAUGGUGAGGGAACAUCUUCUGGACUCGCGCAAGGAGGUCGACAGGCAGCUGAAAAGUUGCUGCGAGAGUUUCAUAAAAAACGCUACGGAAAUAUUAGUUGGGCCUAUGAUUAGUUUUAUUGAAAAGGUUCAAGCGUUCACGCCGAUGGAGCAACUAAAAGCCCAGCCGUGGGCCACACCCGAGCAGCUCGCGGUGUUAGUGAAGGAAGCACAGAAAAGGAUUAAAACACACCUCGCGCCCGUGCAGAGGUCCAUGCAGCUCUAUCUUUCUAACAAGGAAACCGAGUUUAUACUUUUCCGACCAAUACGGAAUAAUGUGGUCGGUUACUUUGUGCAAAUAGAACAAAUUAUGACAAAUGCUGGCUAUUCCGAAGAAGACGUGCUGAUAGUAGCGUGUCCAACACUGGAGCAGGUGUCGGUGUUCAUAUCGUCGGCGAGCCUCAUCAGCCACAGCGAGCCGGUCAUGCCGUUCGGCACCAAGGCCAAGCCCACUGUCAUCCGCAAGCCCAGUGUUACCAGCGUUCAAGAAACACAAGAAAAAACCAUAGACAAAAAUACUGUUAAUGUUGUGUAGUUAAAAUAUAUUUAUUGUAGAGUUUAUUCCCUAUAUAUAUUGUAACAUUAAUAUGCUACCUUAAAUACUUAUAAGACACAAUUAUUGCAAUCAUGAUUUGUUUACUAUUAUUAUGUGGGGCCCAAACAUUAAAUUCCAUAGUACUUUGUCUAGGUAUUAAGAUUAGAGUUGUAUAUAGUAUUUAAUGGCCCAUCCAGAUUGCUUGGGGUGACAAACAUCUUUUUAGGAAAGUUGUAUUUUACAGAUUGAUAUAUGUCAUGUGUCCUUGUUAUUUUUAACUUGUUUAUUUAAUUUGUUGUUAAUCAGUAAAUAUUGUAGUUAGUUGAUUUAAACCUCAAUUAAAUAACAUUAAAUGCUUAUAAUUUUUCAUAUUUUCUUAAUAAAGAAAUGAUAAAUACGAUUAAAAAAAAAUGUUUAUUUACACAUUUUACUUAAGUGUCUAUAAUAAAUACAGCUCCACCAAA